UGUUUAGAAGGCGGUAAGAGAGAGGGAGAGAGGUACUCAGGAUGGGGUUCUUUGGAAAAGCAGAGCCUGCACAGGCACCAGUAGGAGCGCCUGCCGAAACAAUGGCUGUGUCUGAGCCGGUGGCUCCACAGACACCAGCGUCACCUUCUUCACCACCGCCAAACGGUAUGCCUUCCAUUGACAUUGACAAGAUCACGUCUGAAGACUCUUUUGGUGGCAUGGCGUCUAGCUUUGUACAGCAGGCGAUAACUGGCAACCCGUACUUUGCUGCCGGUGGUGGGUUGAUGCUCUUAGGUACAGGUCUUGCAGUGGCGCGUUCGGGCAUAACCAGGCUGUCUGGGUUUCUCUAUCGCCAGUUGCUGGUGGACUUGGAGAUUCCAUCGAAGGACAAGUCAUAUAUGUGGUUUCUGGAGUGGAUGUCCAAGUAUAAGCAGAGAUCGUCGAGGCAUUUGAGUGUUGAGACGUCCUUUGUACAGCACGAUAAUGGUGCCGUAUCAACCAAGUUUUCACUGGUUCCAGGACCAGGUAACCAUUUGAUCAGAUACAAAGGCGCGUUUAUGUUCAUAAAGAGAGAAAGAUCAGGUAAAAUGCUUGAUAUGACCAGUGGUACACCGUUUGAAACCGUCACACUGACAACUCUGUACAGAGAUCGUAAUUUAUUUGCCGAUUUAUUGUCAGAGGCCAAAUCGAUGGCCUUAAAGGCACAAGAGGGUAAAACAGUGAUUUAUACCUCGUGGGGUCCAGAAUGGAGACCAUUUGGCCAGCCAAAGAGAAAGAGAACAAUUGGAUCGGUUAUCCUCGACAAGGGGAUCAAAAAUAUGAUCCUUGAUGACGUUAAAGAUUUUUUGAAGAGCGGACAAUGGUAUUUCGACCGUGGUAUUCCAUAUAGACGUGGUUAUUUACUAUUUGGACCGCCAGGUAGUGGUAAGACAAGUUUCAUACAGGCCUUGGCUGGUGACUUGGAUUACAACAUUUGCAUUUUGAACCUCAGUGAGGCAAACUUGACUGAUGACCGUUUGAACCACUUGAUGAACCACAUACCAGAGAGAAGUUUGUUGCUGCUCGAAGAUAUCGAUGCGGCAUUCAACAAGCGUGACCAAACCGACGACUCUGGUUAUAAAUCAGGCGUCACUUUCAGUGGGUUGUUGAACGCAUUGGAUGGUGUUGCGUCAUCAGAGGAGACCAUCACCUUCAUGACAACAAACCAUCCUGAAAAACUAGACCCUGCGAUUCUGAGACCAGGCCGUGUUGACUUCAGGGUCCUUAUUGGCGAUGCCACAGAGUACCAGAUGAGAGAGAUGUUCCUCAGAUUCUAUGUAGGUGAAGAAGCAAAAGCCGAUGAGUUUGUCAAGAAGGCCACAUCACUGGGAGUUCCAAUCUCCACCGCACAGCUGCAAGGCCUCUUUGUUUAUAAUAAGAACGACCCUGAUGGCGCACUUACCCUGGUCGAAACCCUCAAGACACCAAACCAUGUGUUUUAACGAGGGAGCCAUGGGAUCAAUCUGUAUAUAAAAAGCACAACAUCAAAAAACACGAUAGGCAUUGCAAUGCCUGCACAUCCUCACCCCCUGUACUUCUUCAACACUUUCUCCUUAACUCUCAGAAGAUGGCUCGGUAAUAUUUCUCUAGAGCCCUCCUUCUUAGCAAGCUUCGAGGACUCAAACACCAGCUCCUCCAGAAAGAGGUUAUAGUCUAAGGAAAUCAGAACAUCAGUCCCAUCUUUUGCGAUAGUUCUUCCAGUCCGCUGUUUGAGUAUCUUC